CCCAGCUCUAUAAAUUCACGACCCCUCAACAUCUUCCCAAUACACGCCUCUUGCUUUCUGCUGUUUUCCCUCUGCUAAAAACCUAGGGUUAGGGUUUUCCUCUUUCAUCAAUCCUUCCCAACCAACAACGAAACAACAAUGUCGUCUUCUGCUUCUUCCGCGACGAAGAAGAAGAUCGUCCUGAAGAGCUCGGACGGAGAGACCUUCGAGGUCGAGGAGGCCGUCGCCCUCCAGUCGCAGACGAUCAAGCACAUGAUCGAGGACGACUGCGCGGACACCGGCAUACCGCUGCCCAACGUCACGAGCGGCGUCCUGUCGAAGGUGAUCGAGUACUGCAAGAAGCACGCCGAGUCGCCGGCUCCCGAUGACGACGAUCGCGCGGGUAAUGAUGCGCUCAAGACCUUCGAUGCUAAGUUCAUCGAUGUUGAUCAGGGCCUCCUGUUUGACUUGAUUUUGGCGGCAAACUAUCUGGAUAUCAAGAGCUUGUUGGAUCUGACCUGCCAGACCGUUGCAGACAUGAUAAAGGGCAAAACUCCUGAAGAAGUCCGGAGAAUUUUCAACAUUGUGAAUGACUUCACCCCGGAGGAGGAGGACGAGGUCCGUAGGGAGAACGCGUGGGCCUUUGAAUGACAGAUCCAAGAUGAACCAUCACUCUUUCAGUCAAUUUAUCUUUUUAGGCUUAAAUACAUAGGAAUGGUUGUCUAUUCUAUCUCUUGGUUCAGUUAGCAAUAGGUAGUAUGUUUUGUGAGAGGAUCACUUGGAACAUAUUUACCUCAAAUUAGCUUAUCCACAUUGGUCUUUCUUUUAUUAAUUGGAUUGGAUUAUUCUAGUAUAUUGCAUUUCUCCAA